GUUUAUUUCCUGAUCUCGGCAUUAGUUUUUUUUUUUUUUUUAAUUUGUCUUUCACACUGUCGCCAUGCAUCUUCACGGCUUUUUGUUUCUCCUCCUGUCAUUUACGAGCGCACAUGCUUUCUUUGGAUACGUUUUGAUGCGCUGCCAGUUCACUUCAAACACUGAUUACCUUUACCUCGAGCAACUAUUCAUUGAUAAGUUGUUACUGGGCCAGUUUAACAGCUCUGUGGGAAAGUAUGUUGGCUUCACGGAGAAAGCGAAGAAAUUAGUGGAAAUACUCAACAAAGACAAAGGGUUUAUGGAACAAGAAAAAGAGAAUGAAGCAAAGUGCAAAGACCACCUCUCACUAAUGACUGACUUCGUUUCAAAAUCAGUUGAGCCGACUGUCAGGGUGAAGUCAGUUAAAGCAGCGAGCUCCGAUAAACCAGGCAUAAUCUCCUGCAGUGCAUACAACUUUUAUCCCAAAAACAUCCGACUGACGUGGCUCAUUGAUGGAAAGGAGGUGACAUCAGACGUGACGUCCAGUGGUGAGCUGCCCAAUGGGAACUGGUUCUACCAGAUCCACUCAGAGCUCGAGUAUACACCCGCAGCAGGAGAGAAGAUCUCCUGUAUGGUGGAGCAUGCCAGCCUCGCGAGCCCAAAGAUCUACGACUGGGACCCAGUGGUUGAGUCAGACAGUUUUGCAAUUGCUGUUGGUACAGUGGUGCUGGUGAUAGGUCUGGUCUUACUACUUGCUGGGCUGAUUGUCUACAAGAGGGCCGGUAAUGGCCGGGAGUUGGUGUCAACAAGUUUUAAGGAGACUGCCUCCAAAGCUGAAAUGUGAAACUAUCUGAACAUUUUUAUGGAGGGAUACAGCUGUUAUAUAACUUCUCUUUAUUAGAUGUAAACUUUAAUUGAGGACUAAAGAACUGAAUGAAUUUCAUCACAGCUUUAACUAGAGGACAUUUAGAUUGUGUAUUUACUCAGCACCUUCUUUCUUUCAUUAGCUCAAUGCAGUAAAUGGUUUUGUGAGUAAUUUAAUUUAUUAAAGGAAUCAGUGGUGGCUGGUUGUAAACACGACACAGUAAUAUUCAUUCAGUCAUUCCUACAGGUUAAAAUAAUCAGACCAUGAUACAGUUUUUCUCUGCCACUCCACACAUAGUUGGUGCCACUGAAACAUAAGAAGCUCACAGCGGUACAGACUGUGUGACCCAGGUCAGCCCGUUAGCAUUUUGUUAUCUCGAGGACAAAAGAACAGUAAACUGACACACUCUAGAUUAAAUUAAAGGCUAUAAAGGAUCCGUGCAUCAUAAGACAAACCCAGAUAUUAACUGACAUCACAAAACUCCAGAAACCCCUCGUUUAACAGCACCAGCAACUUAUUUCAGCCUGAUUGUACGGUUUAACUUCUCAUCAAACGUAGCACUUUGAAUAAAUCUAAUUACAUACAUUUGUACUUUAGAUAUUGCUGGUAAUAGAUCAUAAGAUCUGUAUUUGUAUGAUUCGUUUUCUUGUUAUUAUGUAUAUCUCUUCAGAUGUCGUGUAUUAUUUAAUUAUUAUUAAGUAUUUCUAACUAAUUAACCAGCACUUUUAGAAAUUCACUGAAAAACACAUUUGGAUGUUGCUGUUAUUUGAUGGUAAAGAUCUGAUUGUCUAUUUGUAGUAAAUAAAAUAAAGCAAAUGAUUAAGA